AUGGCACCAUCCUGGCCCGUUGCCAACACGCGCAAAGGCCAGGUCUACGGCACGCGCCGAGGCCAGGCCCACGGCACGCGCAGAGGCCAGGCCUACGGCACGCGCCGAGGCCAGGUCUACAGCACGCACAGAGGCCAGGCCUACGGCACGCGCAGAGGCCAGGCCUACGGCACGCGCAGAGGCCAGGCCUACGGCACGCGCAGAGGCCAGGCCUACGGCACGCGCAGAGGCCAGGCCUACGGCACGCACCGAGGCCAGGUCUACAGCACGCACAGAGGCCAGGCCUACGGCGCGCGCAGAGGCCAGGCCUACGGCACGCGCAGAGCCCAGGUCGACGGCACGCGCAGAGGCCAGGCCUACGGCACGCACAGAGGCCAGGCCUACGGCACGCGCAGGGGCCAAGCCUACGGCAGGCGCAGAGCCCAGGUCUACGGCACGCGCCGGGAGCGGCACGCGGCGGCCGGCGGCGCCGGUGCUGGAUGCGGGCACGUGGCCUGGUGUCAGGGGCCGGGCGAGGUGAUUGACGUCGGGGAUUUGCUGCAGGUGUGA